AUGGGAGGUGCCAUAGCCGCCAUCGCGGUGACUAUGGACUGCUACGCAGAUGUCAUAGUGCGCCAAAUCGACAAGCAUUUCGACAUGUCUGAGCAUACCAUGGCGUACUUUGACCACUUCCCAAUCGCAAACGCUUGCCCCAGCGACUUGGCAUCGUGGCCCGCUAGUCUGCGCAAUGUGGUAAGUAGCUCAAGACCCUUCUAUCAAGAUUCGCAAUUGGCCCUAACCGCGCGUCAGGUCUUCGCAGGCUCCAACAUGAUCGUGAACAUAGCGCCACCUUCUUUCGUCGAAUCCGCAAUGCCGAUCGCCAAUCUCAUGGCCUCCAUCACUGAUCGAGUAACCUCGUUUGCCCAUAAUGUAGUCUACUUCGGACAUCGAGCUCGAGACUUGGCAACGCAAGCCUGGGUUAUUGCUUUCAAGACAGCUGGUGCCGUGACUGAGCUGCGAAAAUUUCUGCACCAGUUGUGCGAGCCCUCGGUGGCGGAUGCUCUACUAGCCAUCGUUGCCUUGACAUCGUCCUCCGGCAUUCUGGUAGCAGUUUCCAUCGUCGUGCCCUGGAUACUGAUGGUGGUUCGCCUGAUCGCAUAUCCGCUCGUCUUCUUACUCUGGCUUGCUCGUUUGAUGGUCAAGGGUGCUCUUCGCCUGUUCAAGCCUUCUGCUGUUUAG